GUGCAACAGGACAAAACACGGUGGAUGUACAAUGGAACUAUCUAAACACGAAAACGAUGAGUUGGAGAAUAUUGAAAACGAAGAAAUUAUGAUGAACGAUCCUUUGAGAUAUUCAACGAAAACAAGAAAAAUAUAUUGCAAAUCGGAUAUACAAAGAAACGAAAGGGAUACACGUUAUCAUAGUAAGUGUUCAUCAAAUCGAAAAUAUUCGACCAUUUAUCAAUGUGACGUUUGUGGUAAGAAAUUCCGAAAAAAGUUUCAACUUCACAAGCACAAAUACGAGCAUGAGAAUAAAUCCGAAGAAAGUAUGGAGUACGAUAAUCGUUGCGAAGAAUGUGGUAGGGUAUUUCUUAAUGAGAAGAAGUUACAUAAACAUAUGAUUAAGGCUCAUCAACAGGAAAAACCAUAUCAGUGUGCUCUCUGUGGUAAAUGUUUCAAAACUGAAGAAUUUUUGAAGACACAUUUGAAACAACACAACAAACGUUUCACUUGUGAUAUAUGUGGUGUCUCCAAAGUAUCGGGAUACGAUUUACGUUUGCACAAAAAGAAACACAAUCAGGAAUACGUAACUCACUGUGAGAUUUGUGGUAAAGGAUUUUACACAAAUCAGACGUUAGAGAGACAUUUGUUAACUCAUACUGGUGAGAAACCAUUCAUUUGUAAAAUCUGUAAUACUCCUUAUGCUAGUGCAGCUUAUUUGAAUAUGCACAUCAAGUCCCAUGGUCAACGGGAGAAACACAAGUGUAAUAUUUGCAAUUUUGAAAGUUAUUGGAAGGCAGCUUUGAAAGUACAUCUGAAGAUUCACAGUGGCGAAAAUCAAAUAACAUGUGAGAUAUGUGGAAAAUCGGUGUCGAGUAAAACCUAUUUGCAAAUUCACAUGCGAAUACAUUCCGGUGAAAAGCCGCACGUUUGCGAAGUAUGUGGGAAAGCAUUUAGCGUUAGGAAAUAUCUCGUUGUACAUUUGAGAACGCACACAGGAGAAAAACCUUAUGAAUGUAAAGUCUGUCAGAAGAGAUUCACUCAGCAAGGAUCAUUGAAUUCGCACAUGAAGUCGCACAAUGAGAAUAAGUAAUAAAACCAAAGAAACAAUAUCGAAUUAGUAGUAUGUAUUUUCAAAUAAUAAGAGACUCUGCUUCACUCAUGAAUGUUGUGCAAAUUGUUAAUGUAAAAUGUUGUAACAUGUUAGCACGACGAACGGUUUCUCUUACCGUCCAUAUUAUAUCGUUUAUAUUCGGCUUAUUGCAACUAAUUAAAUUUGUGUAUUAAAAGACACUAUUAU